AUGUCCUGUUUUAAUCCCGGGACAUUCUGUGGUAUAGUUAAUGAGAGAAUUAACGUGUCCUUAGGAGAUUCUGAAGAUACCAAGAGGAGGAAGAGCGUCCGGAAAAAGGGGAGAGACGCAAAACAGAAGCGGCCCCUAGACAGCUCCAGCGAGGAGGAGGAAAACCUGCUCCGAGAGAAGAAGGACGGCAGGGGCAGGCCCGUAACAACGGGUAAGGGCGUCGAGAUGGCCGCCCGCAAAAUGGCCAAUAAAGCCCUUAACAAGAUGAAGGGCGAGAUGCGGGACAUGGAGGUUAUCAUGCAGGGGGAUUAUGACCCCCUGCAAUACGAGGGCGCGGAGAGGAAGAAGAGGAUGAGGGAGCUGGAGGAGCAGAUCCCCCAGCUCCCAACCUGCGAUCUUGUUGCGAAAGUCAUGGACUUCAGCAGCAAGAUCGACCAGGCGGCGAAAAAGAGCAAAAACCUCAAGAGGACCAUCGCCGGCCUGAUAAGAGAUGGAGCCCUGUACACCAGGGUCGCGGUGGACGCUCUGUCCAUGAGGGUCGCAGGGGUGGCGAGCGAGAGAGAGGAGCGCAUGAGAGAAGAGCUCGUGGUCCUCAGAGCUCAGGUCGCGGACCUCCAGCGGGAGAAGGAGGAGCGGGAUCGCGCGACGAUGCCACCCCCCGGCCUGCCACGGACGAUGCGGGACAGCACCCCCACGGAGGAGAUCGUACGGGAGGAGGAGAUGCCGGAGGCAAUCGCCGCUGAAUUGCCGAUGGAGUCUCCUCCUCCCGGGGAGAUAGCGGUCGCGGCACCCGCGGAGAAGAGGACCUGGGACGUGGUCACGCCGAACAACGCGGACACGUCCCGGGCCUCGACGUCGGGAGUGGAGAAAACGCGGGCGAGGAGGAAGGAGAGGUCCGUCUCGAGGAAGAGGACCAAACCCUCGGCCCCCGCGAAAAACUCCUCUCUACCGUCCCCCCACGCCCCGCAGAAAGCGGGGAAGUCCCCGCCAAGGAAGGCGGAGACCAUGGGGGAGAUGGUGGAGAGAAAGAUAAGGGAGGCCGUCGAUCGAUCUCACAGGGAGAUCGAUCGGCGGCUUCAAAAGUUGGAGGAUCUGCUCCAGGCCCUGGCCGGCGGCGGGCAAACGCAGGAGCCCGAGGAGACGGGUUCCUCUCGUAGGAGAGAGACCAAGCCCUCCCCCCAGCCCGCUGCGCGUGUGGAGACAUACGCAAAGGUGGUUGGGAGGAAGAGCAGGGUCGCGGAGGGGAAGUCCGCAAAAGGAGUCCCUAGGGCGGCCGCCCCCGUUACCCCAUUAAAGGGGCGGGGCGGCGGCUUGCCCAAGAAGACUCCGAAGAGGAGACUCCCGCGCACGUCGGCCGUCGUCCUCACGCGUCCCAAUGGGGACUAUCGUGAGGCCCUGGCCAGACUGCGACGGGAGGUUAAUUUGGAAGACCUUGGCAUCGGGGGCCUGGUUAACAUCAGAUCAGGGGCCACCGGCGCCAAGGUCAUCGAGGUCUCCGGAGAGGGUCACGCCAACAAGGCUGACUUUCUCGCGGAGCAGGUCAAGCGAGUCCUCCAGGGGGAGGACGGGACGCGGGUGGACCGGCCGCGGAGAAUGGCCGAGGUCCGCCUACGCGGCCUCGACGACUCCCUGGACGUCGAGGAGAUAAAGGGGUGGGUAGCGGAGGCUGGACACUGCGGCGUCUCCGAUGUGCAGUGCGGUGCGCUGCAGCCGGCCGCCGGAG